AUGAAAUUUCUAUAUUAUUUUUCAAUCAAAUUUCUAUAUUUUUCAAUCGAAUUUCUAUAUUUUUCAAUCAAAUUUCUAUAUUUUUCAAUCGAAUUUCUAUAUUUUUCAAUCAAAUUUCUAUAUUUUUCAAUCAAAUUUCUAUAUUUUUCAAUCGAAUUUCUAUAUUUUUCAAUCAAAUUUCUAUAUUUUUCAAUCAAUUUUCUAUAUUUUUCAAUUAAAUUUCUAUAUUUUUUAAUAACAUUUCAA